CCUUGACCUCCCCCCGGAUUCACCUCUAAUGCGAAGCCAUGUUCCGCUCUUUUAGAAGCGUUCGGCAGUUUAACUGCCACCUCCGGACUUUGCAAAAACUCCAAGGCAACUCGAAACUCCUAAUCUGCUCCUCCAGAAUGGCCAGUUCGGAGUACAGAGUUGAGCGGGACACGUUUGGUGAGCUCAAGGUCCCGGCUGACAAAUACUACGGAGCCCAGACUGUCAGAUCCACCAUGAACUUCAAGAUCGGGGGACCCAGUGAGAGGAUGCCCCUCCAAGUGAUCAAGGCUUUUGGUAUCCUGAAGAAAUCAGCUGCUCAGGUGAACAAGGACUACGGACUCGACCCAAAGAUAGCAGAUGCCAUCAUUCAGGCUGCAGAUGAGGUUUCAGCUGGUAAGCUGGAUGAUCAUUUUCCUCUGGUAGUGUGGCAGACUGGAUCAGGAACUCAAACCAACAUGAACGUCAAUGAGGUGAUCAGCAACAGGGCUAUUGAGAUAUUGGGAGGGAAACUAGGCUCCAAGGAUCCAGUUCAUCCUAAUGACCAUGUCAACAAGAGUCAGAGCUCCAAUGACACCUUCCCCACUGCCAUGCACAUUGCUGUGGCCACAGAGGUCCAUGAGGUCCUACUGCCUGGUCUGCAGACUCUGCACGAUGCUAUGGCUGCCAAGGCCGAAGAGUUCAAAGACAUCAUCAAGAUUGGACGCACCCACACCCAGGAUGCUGUCCCGCUCUCACUCGGACAGGAGUUUGGAGGUUAUGUCCAGCAGGUGAAGUACAGCAUAGAGAGGGUGAAGGCUGCCAUGCCCAGGGUGUACGAGCUGGCAGCUGGAGGUACAGCAGUCGGGACUGGACUCAACACCCGUAUUGGCUUUGCAGAGAAAGUAGCUUCUACCGUUGCUUCGCUCACAGGCCUGCCGUUCAUCACGGCCCCCAACAAGUUUGAAGCUCUGGCUGCUCACGAUGCCCUGGUCGAGCUAAGUGGAGCCCUGAACACAGUGGCUGUCAGCAUGAUGAAGAUCGCCAACGACAUCCGCUUCUUGGGCUCAGGACCUCGCUCGGGACUGGGGGAACUCAUCUUACCAGAGAAUGAGCCCGGAAGCAGCAUCAUGCCUGGCAAAGUGAACCCCACCCAGUGCGAGGCCAUGACCAUGGUGGCAGCCCAGGUGAUGGGGAACCACGUGGCGGUCACCGUUGGAGGCAGCAACGGACAUUUUGAACUCAACGUCUUCAAGCCCAUGAUGGUCAAGAACGUGCUCAACUCCGCGCGGCUCCUUGGCGACGCGUCCGUCUCCUUCACCAACAACUGCGUGGUGGGAAUCCAGGCCAACACGGAGAGAAUCAACAAGCUCAUGAACGAGUCCCUCAUGUUGGUCACUGCGCUCAACCCUCACAUCGGUUACGACAAGGCGGCCGCCAUAGCCAAGACGGCUCACAAGAAGGGCUCGACGCUGAAGGCCGUGGCCGUGGAGCUGGGCUAUCUGACUGAGGAGCAGUUUGACCAGUGGGUGAAGCCAAGUGAGAUGCUGGGCCCAAAGUGAAGUCUGGAAACCUGAGAACACUACACUACAAAAAAAAUAAAACCUCUUUCCUACAGCGAGAAGAGAAUUUCUGAAUAAAUCAGUUGUUGAACUGAAUAAAUAUAAAUUUUCUUUUCUAUAAAUUUUUUUUAACAAUCUUGAAUGAA